AAUCAACAAAUUUCAUUCCACCAAAGGAGGCAAAGGGGAAGAGGCGUUCCCAUAUGGCAGGAGGCCAGCAGCUCCACGGCCUCCUCUGCCUGCCGCCUCCCCGCCCCGUCCUCCCCAUCUCGGCCCGACCACCUCCCUGCCGCGCGCGCCCUCCUCUCGCUUCCCUGCGCAUUCUCGAACCAUCUCCUCCUGUCCCAAAGAAGCGCCCCUCCAGCGCUACCGCAGCUAAAAGCAAGGCGGCGGCGGUGUUGGAGGACGAGAAUGGAGCAAGGGAGGAGGCGCAGGAGGAGGAAGAGGAGGAGGAGGGAUAUGUGGCGACCGUUGGAUCCGGGGACAUCGCCGGUGUCCCGGCCCGUCACCUUGCUGCGGCUCGCGCUGGCCUGGGGGACCCGGUGUUCUACCUCCUGACCUUCGUCGCCAUCACGACAUCCCUGGCCUUCACCGGCAUGGUAGCGGUGGCGAUUCCUACGAUGCUCGCUAUGAGGAGAGCUGCGAAUUCAUUUACUCAGCUGGCUGAUGCAGCUCUUGAGGAGUUACCAAGUACAAUGGCAGCUGUAAGACUCUCUGGCAUGGAAAUCAGUGAUCUCACCCUUGAACUUAGUGACUUGAGCCAAGAGAUAGCAGAUGGUGUGAACAAGUCAGCCAAUAUUGUUCAAGCUGUGGAAGAUGGCAUAGGACAAAUGAGAAAUAUAGCUCGGCAGCAGACUACAUCAAUGAUACAAGAGCGAGCAAAUUUGCGAACUAUUCCCACUGCAGGGCCAGCUAAAAAGUCAAACGAAUCUUUAAACCGGCGACAAGCGAAUUAAUCAUCUGUUAGAGCAUCUUGACACUCUUCACAAGUUCUUUUUUCUUGCUUUCUUGUUAUUUGCGUGAAGCAUUGUUUUGUAGCCAUUUCACUAGUCCUUGUAAAUGUAUACAUGUGCAAUGCAAUUUAUAUUUUUUGUACGCCCCUGCGGCCCUGCCCAUCUCUUCAGGCUAAUUGGGAUUCCAUUGGUUCAUUAUGUGAUGCAAAAGUACAUGUUCAAGGUAUAUUUCAGAUGAAUUUGUGAUC